AUGAAAUUGGUAAGACCAUGACUGUGUUUGGUUCCCUCCUUGCUCCAGCUACUUUUGGAGCUUCACAUGAAGAGUCCCGGGAUCAAAAUGGGAAUCUCUUACUGUACGGCACUGCUGCUGUGGCCGGAGGAGCGGCUGCAGUGUUUGGAACUCCCCUCGUACUAAUGGGUCUCGGAUUCACGAGUGCGGGCAUCGCUGCCGGUACCUGGGGAGCAUCCAUGAUGUCUGCCUCUGCCAUUGCCAGUGGAGGAGGGAUUGUAGCAGGUGGAGUGCUGCAGGGAUCAUGUUUCUUAACACGUUACCCGUGUUUGGCAAUUCAGCGCUCUCGCCUGCCCCGCGGAACCUUCACAGCGCCACCACGCCAGUGUCCGUCGGACUUUUGCAGAGAGAGGAUGUAUGUAUCAUUGUGAGAGGAUAGCCUGUAGUAGAGAGCGUAAAAAUCCACGGUACAAAUAUAUACCGAAUCGCAGACCACUAAUAUUGUUUCCCUCUAUCGCGUAUUGGUGCACCAAUGUACCAGGCAUGGGUUGGCGCAUAUAUGUACCAGUUCGCGACCCACUGAUGAUAUAAUCUUGUUCCGCUAUUUGGUGUAGUUUUUAUGAUGCAUAUAUGAGUUAGUAUCGAUACAGUAUCUUACAUUUUGAUCAGCUGUACAUACGAAAACUAUUGAUAAAUGCUUUUUUCCCCCCUUUUCACCAUAAAUGAACUCGACCGUCUUUUGCGGAGGACGAUCGGAUACCUCAUCUGGUGAUUCAGAUGAUUAAGAUUUUUUUGUCAAUUCAGGUGACCCAGAUGAUGAGCACUCCGAGGAAAGUGAUGAGUCAGAAACAGAUGAAGAGCAGGAUGGGGAACAUUAUUUUUUAUUCAGUUAUGAAAGCAAAAUAUUAAUUUAUCAGGAAUUUUUAUUUUUUUUACGUUAUUUGCCGAGUGGUAUUUUCCUGUGGUAUUUUCCUCCACAGUUCAGCAAAAUACACUGCAAUAAAUGAAACAUUAAGAU